CUUCAUCAGAGCCACCUCUUGCAUAUCGACUUGAAUCGCGCUUGCUUGAGCAUGUGUAGAAUUUGCUUUGGUCUCGUGCCAUGUCGGUCCUUAAGAUAUCCUACAGCUAUAGCGCGCAACGCCCUCACUACUUACUGAGGUUAGCACAAUUGGAGGAAUAACCGUGGGGCCGGAAUAAGGCCUUGCCUGGACAUGGACUUGGUGUUCCUGAAUCUUGCAGUGUGAAGGAUCGACAAAUAGGCUAAUCUGCCAUGUUGCAGGCCGUUCGGGCAUCCUGUUCGUGCGGGCGAUGAGGGGUCACGAUGUCACAUUAGCAAGGUCAAUAUUCCGGGACAGGAUUUCCACGUCAACAUAAGAAGCCUUAAAAGAAUGGAAGGGUUCAUCAUCUGUAGAAGGCCAGUUGGAGCACAUGUAAUACAGUCUCGCCAAUACCAUACAACGCCAACUGGUCGCCAACGUAUUAGCAUUAACAGCGGUUGGCGUUUCUGGCGGUGGGAAAGUAGUCCCGACAGCCUCAUCUACGACAAUCGAACAGACACACCUCAACAGGGCGCCACCUACCUUAGACCAUAUAUCCUCCCUUCAGCCAACGAUUUCAUUACCGACCCAUCGAAACAUUAUAUAGCUCCUUCGGGCAACCCUGGAGGCAAUGUCUCAUAUGUUAGGAAUGCGUUCGACGACAGCGCAUGGGAGAGUGUGACAUUACCUCACGACUGGGCAAUCAAGGGGCCGUUCUACGAGGGUGACGAUGUACCAGUUACUGGUGGUAUGGGCAGAUUGCCAACCCAAGGCGUUGCUUGGUACAGACGGAAAAUCACUGUGGCUGCCGAAGACAGAAACAAAGUGGUGUAUCUCGACAUCGAUGGCGCCAUGUCAUAUGCCAUCGUAUGGCUCAAUGGCAACCUCGUUGGUGGCUGGCCGUACGGCUACAACUCGUUCCGUCUUGAUCUUACGCCGUAUCUGAAGCCUGGCGAUGACAAUCAGCUGGCUAUCCGCUUGGAUAAUCCCAUAGAUUCGGCAAGAUGGUAUCCUGGAGCCGGCCUGUACCGCAAUGUAUGGCUCACCAAAGUUGAGAACACGCACGUUGCGCAUUGGGGGACGUACAUUACUACCAAAGAUGUGUCCUCGAAGUCUGCGACGAUAGAUCUGACUGUGCAAGUCAAAGGCGUUGCUGGGCAAAAGGUCGAUGUCGUUACUGAGGUCCACACCAAAGCUGGAGAAAAGGUGGCUGAGUUUCCUCGCUCUUCCGUUGACUUGUCAGCUGGUAAUGGGACAAUCAACACCUCAGUCUCAAUCAGCAAUCCUCAGCUCUGGGGCCCACCGCCUACGCAGAAACCCAAUCUCUACACUGCCACGACGUACUUGUUUACCAACGGGAGCACCACACCCAUUGACACGUACGAGACCUCAUUCGGGAUCCGCGCUAUCACAUACAGUGGCGAUGGACUCUACGUCAAUGGCGAGCGUAUCCACAUCCAAGGCGUGAAUCAGCACUCGGACCUGGGUGCCUUGGGCACGGCCUUCAAUACUCGUGCUGCCGAACGCCAAUUAGAACAUCUUCAUGAGCUUGGUGUGAACGCUAUUCGUAUGUCCCACAACCCACCAGCUCCGGAGCUAUUGCAUUUGACGGAUAGUAUGGGCUUUCUGGUGAUGGAUGAGGUUUUCGACUCCUGGGAGCGCAAGAAGACCGACAACGAUUUCCACCUGAUCUUUCCGGAGUGGCACGAGGCUGAUUUACGAUCCAUGAUCAGACGUGAUCGCAACCACCCUUCGGUAUACGCUUGGAGUAUUGGCAACGAAGUGGGUGAACAGACGUGUUGUGGCGAGCGCGGUGCUGAGAUUGGACGAGAGCUCAAUGCAUUCGUCGUUGAAGAAGACCCCACGAGACCCUCCACAGCAUCAAUGAAUGUGGCAAAACCGAACCAAACCUUCCCAGAGGCUCUUGGUAUCCUCAGCCUCAAUUAUCAAGGAGAAGGCAUCAGAGACACACCGGCUUACUCUCACACGAACGGCACUCGGACCCCACCUCAGUAUCAGCCCUUCCACGACAAGUUUCCUAACAAGCUGCUUGCAACUAGUGAGUCUGCAGCCCAGCUCAGCUCGCGAGGAACGUACAUCUUCCCAGUCACAGACUUGAGCUCAGCACCUGUGAACGACACCUCUGGCGGAAAUUCGACGAGUCUGCAAGUCAGCUCUUACGAGUUGCAUACUUCAAACUUCGGGUCCUCUGCAGACAAAGUGUUUGCUGCACAAGACUCACAUCCCUUCAUUGCUGGUGAGUUCGUGUGGGCUGGUUGGGACUACCUUGGAGAACCCGAACCCUACUAUUCGGCAAGGAGUUCGUACUACGGCAUCAUUGAUCUUGCUGGCUUCCCCAAGGAUCGGUACUACUUGUACCAGUCGAGAUGGCGACCAGACCUCAAGAUGGCGCACAUUCUGCCCCACUGGAAUUGGCCGGAUCGUGUGGGCGAGACCACGCCUGUGCAUGUCUUCACUUCAGGCGACGAAGCAGAGCUGUUCUUGAACGGGAAGUCUCUGGGCAGGAAGAAGAAGGGGCAGUAUGAGUAUCGCCUCCGUUGGAACGAUAUCAUCUACGAGCCUGGUGAGGUUCACGUCAUAGCGUACCGCAACGGCACGGAGUGGGCUACAGAUACUGUACGAACGACCGGUACUGCCGCAGGAUUGCGACUCAAGGCAGAUCGAGCUGAGAUCGCAGCUGACGGCGAAGAUUUGUCUUUUGUCACUCUGGAGGUUGUCGAUGCAAAUGGAGACGUCGUCCGCGAUAACUAUGAUGCGGUCACGUUCUCAGUCUCCGGUCCUGGUGAGAUUGUGGCUACUGACAAUGGUAAUCCGGCAGAUCUCACGCCGUUCCCUUCUUCGGAGAGAAAAGCGUUCAGUGGUCUGGCCUUGGCUAUCGUGAAGGCGAAGAAGGGAGAGUCCGGGGCAAUCAAUGUGACAGCCAGUGGCACUGGACUACAGACAGGGAAUGUUAUCGUGAAGGCAGCGUAGCGCCUCAUUUUAGUAUAGUAUCGCUGACUCACCAGCGUGUGCGUAUGAAGAAGUACAAUCGAUGUGGG